GUUCAGGAGUCAUGUCGUGAAAUGAUCACAUGGAAAUAACAAUAAUAACAAGUAGCUAUUAGGGAUAUUAAAUUAUUGUACAGUAGUUUUUCAGUUUUAUGUUGUAGUUAUUGCCUUGCAAAGAACCAUGAAUUGCCUUGUGUCUGAAUGUUGAGAAAUAUUUUACUUGUUUAAAGAUCUUGGAAGAAUAUCAUUGAUCAAAUUAAAAUGCAAAAAAAAAAAAAAAAAAAAUCUUGGGCUAUCUUCAACACAAAUGAGGAGGUAGCUGCUGCUGAAAGCUUCUUAUUUCUGUACAGGAAAAGGAAUCGAAGAGUUGCUGGUAUUUUAUGUGGCUCUCGUCCAGGUGCCCCUUUCCCCACCCCCACUCAGAAGGCUUCUGUUUCAUGUCGGGGGACUAGCUUUCAGUUUGUUGUGGUGUAGAACCUGUGUUUUUGAGGAUUUUACUACUUGUUGCCAUAUUAAGGGACGAUUUGUAUUGUCAUUUAAGUAGUCUGAUUUAUAAUCGUGCCGAACAGACUACGUUGUUGUCGGGAAACUGCUAUACACUGUUUUAUAUUGGUGAAGUCAGUUUUUCUGGGUGUGUUUGACAAGUUGAUGUAAACAGUUACAGUUGGUGAUGCUCCUCCCCCAGGAUGGGAUCCUUGUUGAAUUAUCCGCUGAGGACCGCCGGCAGUAGUUCGGAUGGAACCGAGGACUCGGAUUUUUCCGCCGAUCUCGAGCACGCCGAAGCUCCCGAGAGCGCGCACAGACGCAGCAGCACGCGCCUGACGCGCGCGUCCCUGCGCCUCAGCCAGAGCUCCGCAGAUAAUUGCGUCUCAGCACGGAACAGCUCUCCUGUGGCUGUUUGUCCCGACGAAGGCCUGAAUUCAGCAGCAGAGGCGGCGGCGGCAGCAGCAGAGGCGGUGGCAGCUUCAGUCUUCUCCUCUGGACGCAGGAUCACACGGAGCCAGCAGGGGGCAUCGAACACCGCCGCCAAAAAAUACCCCUUAAGACAGAGCCGGUCAUCGGGUUCAGACACUGAGGCGAAUGACAAUAAACCGGGGGCUGACCGUGACGAGACGCCUCCACGCACGCCAACAGGCAACGCCCCCUCCUCGGAAUCUGACCUCGAAGUGUCCAGCCCGAGCAACGACCUCGUCUCCUCCAGCAACGACGUCGUCGUCUCCCAAGAGGAGGACGAGCGGCUGGCGAAGGAGCUGUCUCUCAAAGAGGCCGCCGCCCACGACCUCUCCCACCGGCCCAAGCGACGGCGCUUCCACGAGAGCUACAACUUCAACAUGAAGUGUCCCACGCCUGGCUGCAACUCACUGGGUCAUCUAACAGGACGACACGAAAGACAUUUUUCCAUAUCAGGAUGCCCUCUUUACCACAACCUCUCUGCUGAUGAAUGCAAGGGCAAGGCAUCAACGCGGGACAAACAGACCGAGGAAAGGACGCUGUCGCACCGCCAGGACGAGAACAGGCACUCCACAAGAAGCCAGGCGCCCACAGACCGUCAGCUGCGCUACAAAGAGAAGGUGACGGAGCUGAGGAGGAAGAGGAACUCGGGCCUCAAUAAGGAGCAGAAGGAGAAGUACAUGGAGCACCGGCAGAGCCACGGGACGACCCGGGAGCCGCUGCUGGAGAACAUCACCAGCGACUACGACCUCGAGCUGUUCAGGAAAGCGCAGGCACGUGCCUCGGAGGACCUUGUAAGAGAGAAAACUCAUCAUCACCUCCCUCCUUGGCACUUUCCCCUCCUCCCCCCCUCCCUCUUCCCUCUUCCCUUUCUUUUUUGUGUGCCCCCUUUGCUACCUUGUUCCUCUUCUUCUCUGUUUCAGUCCGCACACCCUCCCCUGCAGGCACAGGAAGAGUCUGAGAUAUUUUUGGAGAAGCUGCGUCUGGCCGGACAGGUGUCGGAGGGCAGCAACAUGAUAAAGACCAUCGUGUUCGGCCGCUACGAGCUGGACACCUGGUACCACUCGCCGUACCCGGAGGAGUACGCCCGCCUGGGGAGGCUCUACAUGUGCGAGUUCUGCCUGAAGUACAUGAAGAGCCAGACCAUUCUGCGCAGGCACAUGGCAAAGUGUGUGUGGAAACACCCUCCAGGUGACGAGAUCUACAGAAAGGGGAACAUCUCUGUCUUUGAGGUGGAUGGAAAAAAGAACAAGAUUUACUGCCAGAACUUGUGUUUGCUGGCAAAGCUCUUCCUGGACCACAAGACUCUGUAUUACGACGUGGAGCCGUUCCUCUUCUACGUGAUGACCGAAGCUGACAGCACCGGGUGCCACCUGGUCGGAUACUUCUCCAAGGAGAAAAACUCUUUCUUGAACUACAACGUGUCCUGCAUCCUCACCAUGCCCCAGUACAUGAGGCAGGGCUACGGCAAGAUGCUCAUAGACUUCAGUUAUCUUUUGUCCAAAGUGGAGGAGAAGGUGGGUUCACCCGAGCGGCCGCUGUCCGACCUGGGACUCAUCAGCUACCGGAGCUACUGGAAAGAAGUGCUGCUUCGCUACCUGAACAACUUCCAGGGCAAAGAGAUCUCCAUCAAAGAGAUCAGCCAGGAGACGGCGGUGAACCCGGUGGACAUCGUCAGCACGCUGCAGUCCCUACAAAUGCUCAAGUACUGGAAGGGAAAGCACCUGGUUUUAAAAAGACAGGACCUGAUCGAUGACUGGAAGGCCAAGGAGACCAAACGGGGGAACGGAAAGACCAUCGACCCCACAGCCUUAAAAUGGACCCCGCCUAAAGGGACGUAGAGGAGCUUCCUUUAUACACUCCAACCUCACACAGAAACACACCACACACACACACACACACACACACACACAUUCUGCUCUCUGUACACUGGCAUGCUCACAAAUCCUGAGCUUAAACUCUCACACAAACUCGCACUAAUUGCUUCGAGUCAGUCGUCGCUCCGGGUUCAAGCAGUCACUGAAUCAGCCCAACAAGUCCAGCAAACGACUGACGCCUGAGCAAGAGAGGAAAAUCUGCUUGGAUGUCAGUCAGAAUCAGAAAAACAGUGAAUAAAUCCUGGAAAGAAAUGUGUUGAGUGUCGACGAUGCCUUGGCGUUAAAACCUGCGUUUUACUGAAUCCGAUAUGUUUUAGUUCAGGACGUAAAGAGAUCUGGUGAAUUAUUUCAGUGACUAAUUCUGAUUCUGCUAAAAAUUUACUCAACUAUUUGCUUUUGCAUGAUUUUAAUUGUAAAUUGAAUUUUCUUCUCAAAUUUUAACCCAUCAGGAUCCAUAAUUAAAGGGUUUCAUUCCCACUUCUUAUUUGCAGCACCCUGAAAUUUGGCACCAGCCUCACUGCCUUGCUGGCAAAUUUCAAAAUUAUUUUAUUGUGGCUCCAUAAAGAAAACAAAAAUUCUCCAUUUUAGUGUGAUUACUGAUAUAUGAAAUAAAUUUAUACACAGAAUGAAGUCAAAUAGAGUAAGAAUUAUGGGAGUUUCAUCAGACUUGAGCCAAUGUGAGCCUAAAGGAGGCGGGGCAUGGAGUCAUGUUUCAGUAACGCAUAACCAUAUAAGGAAAGCUACAUCUGAACAACAGUCUGCUUUAAUAUUUCAACAAAUAACUGUGAACUGAAAGUUUCCAUGGUUGACUGAGACUUUAAUGUUGAACCCUUCAAAACCCAAAAGGGGAACACUCCCAUUGGCCGUCCCCUCGGACUCCAGUGACGCCAGCCUCGGCAGAUUGUCAUUUGCUGUAAUUAAAAGUGAAAGUAAUUGUUUCCCUCAGUCAUCACAGAGCACCAGAGCUCGGUGGCUAAUCCAAUCAGCGACAGGCGACAUCGAGCAAACCCGCUUCCCUCAGACAAACACCUUCUGGCAGACACAGACACAGACCAGCCGCUCCGCAGGGAGUUCCCGCUCACUCCGGGAGAGACUUGAAAUUCACAUCGGAACUAAAACGUCAGACUGUGAACAUCCAGCACUUGAAUGAAAUGAUGAAUGUGGGGUCAUUAUAAUCUACACGCUUCAUUUCUAAAUAUGUGGAACUAUUAUUUUUAAUCCCAUUUCAAAGUGGGAAAUCCCCCGUUUCCUCAGAGUUUGGGUGUAGACUUCUCAAAUAUUCAUAAAAGCUUCACAAUGAAAUGUGAAUAUAAGUAUAAGAAUUACUGACAAUUCCUGUUUCAUUCAGAGAAAGUUGAACCUCAGAGUAACUUUUCCACAGAUUUCAGCUCACGCUGCAUCCCAGAUUAAUGCAGAAUGAAUUUAUUUCAUUAUCUUGGCACUUGGACCAAACGGUGACUGUUUGAACCCGGAACUAACAGCUUUUCUCCCACGUAACAAACCUGUGUCAGCCGUCGGUCGGUUAGCGAGGAAGCUAUAGCUGCCACUGGCCAUGUUUUACACCGUUACCAUGGAGACCUUUUUUUUUAAUUAUAUUUUUACCUUUAAAUAUACCUUUGUUAUCUCAUGGUGUCUGCUUGUUUCAUUGAGGUCAUCGGACCUCUUUAAGCCUCUUUGUUUCCUUCUUUUUGUUUGUUUUAGUUAAUUUCUUAAUAUUUGAUACAUUCUCUACCUCUAAGGUUUUACCACUGUAUGAACGCUAAAAGGCUCAUUUUAAGCUUCUAUCUUACUUUUUUUUAAUGUGUGUCGAUUAACAUGUAAAAAGUAUGUAGCUGUGUUUUCCCAGCAGGCGUUUUCAGAUAGAUUUGUUUUCAAUAAGCUAUUUAUAUUCCUUUUUGUUUUUGUUUUUUUAAGAGAAAUGAAAUAUAUUAACUGCAUAGAACGUAAAGGAAAGUAGAGGAAUGUCUCACUCUGUAGGACCGGCUUCUAUGUGAAUAUAAAUAUUUUUCAGAAAAAAUGUGUACGUAGACUUGAAUGUUUCUAGAAGCUCUUGGAGCGGUACAGACGACGACCGAGUCGUUUACAUUUCAGAGUUUUAUGGAAGGUGACGCUCGAUUGGAUCGAGACGUCGCUCCCAGUUUCUGCCACUGUUACGGCUGCGAGCACUUAUGAAAUUAGCAGGACGGCCUUUUGCGCGGGUCUCUUUUAGCGUGCUUGGCAGCGUUUUUCUUUCUGCACUGUUAUCGAUUCGUUGACUGAAAAUUGAGUUCGACAAUCUUCAUGUUUAUUGACUUGCUAAGUCAGCGUUUAAACUUUGUUCCAGGAAAAGGAAAGGAAAUAUUUUGGGCGAAUAUGUUAGGUCAGGUUAGCUUUAGUAAAAAACCUGAAGAAAGAUUUUAGAGGUUUGCAAAACCUGACAGGGAAAAGUGAUCAUCCAGUAGGUGUGGUGGAACCCCUCUAAAUCACAGCAAACCUUCUCAAAACCCAACAAACUACCAGAAUAAUCAGUUUUAAUAUGUGACGAUGGCCAUUCAGUCAAACACAAACACAAGCGCACAGACAACAGUACGCUAUAAACAUUAACCGUGGGAGAACACGGGCAUUUGUUUGACCAGGAUGGAUCGUUAUUACGAGUGAUUCUUCACUAUAAAACUACAGUCCAGGAGAGAGUGAACCGGGAGUCGUGACACUCUGGAGGCAGAUGUUGUUGCACAUCUGCCGUAGUUCUCAUGUGCAACAGCAGCACUUUGACUGUCUACACGGAAAUGGAGCCCAGGCAUUCUUCAGAAAGUUGCAUUUUCGUUCAUUUACAUGGAAACUGAAUCGGAAAGUUCCACCUUGGAAGCCGUUUUUCAAAAAGUUGUUUCCAGGGGCUCCGUUGUCAUGUAAACAGACACCAAAGCACAAGGAAAGUUUUGUUUUCACUUGAAAACUUUGUGGUGUAAACGAGGCCGUAGCCGCCAGAAUUAUGGGAUUGAAUUCAAGAAAUCAUUGUUUUGCAUCACUUGCAUGAAACGUUGCAUAAACUGACUUCCUGCUCUCUACAUUGCUUCUGCGAUAUUUCCUACAACCACCAGAGGGCGACUUGAGUUGCAUGGAAAACCUAUUGAAGAAGUGAAAUCUGACAUCACAGAGGUUUUUGUAUCCACGCUAUCGGUUUCCAACGUUCUUGCUGAAUAAAUAUGUUGUGGAAAUCUUCUUCUUUCAGCCAGCGGAGGGAACAUCCUCUUUGUUUUGUUGUGCAUUGCAGCUUUUGUGUUAAGUCUGUCUUAUCUUCAAAGUUACAACCCAUUAUUCUUACUUUGUGUUGUUUUAGGAUUGUUGCCUUUAACCUUUAUAAUUUCAAGAUGCUUCUUUUCCCUUUGUCUUAUUUUUUUAUUGUUGUUUUUUUGUUGUUGUUUUGUACUUUCAUGUAUUUAAUUGUCUUCACUGAGUGUCACACGAGGGGGAAAGCGUCUCACAGUGGACUUAAAGUCAAUUUUAACCUCCAGUGGGUUUUUAGAGAACCUUUUAGCACCUGUUCUCAAUAAAUAUGCUGUUGACUGAAAUUACUCCUGACUUUUCUGUGUCUGACAAGACCCCUCCCCCCCCUUUUUUUGUGAAAAGUGCAUUUACAAGGAAGUGCACUUACUGUUUAGAUGGAGUUUGAAAGAAAUAACACUCCUGAUGACGAUGUUCCACAUAUAACCCAGCCUCUUUUGUUGACUUGCACUCUUCUUUUCUUUUUUUUCUUUUUUUUUGACCAGACGCUAAUUGAUAAUGACAAGUGAGAAACAUCAGGCUUGGCUUCAGUUUCCUGGAUUUAAAGAGGACUUAUCUUUUGUUUGUGGUAAUAAACAGAUACAAAAAAAAAAACACCUGAAUGUAUAUUUUCUUUGGCAAGAAAAGCUGGCAUGUGUGGAGAAUUUAUUAA